AUGAAUAAUAACAAUAAUGGCAAUUUACAUGGUGUUCCAAGACCAAGUUUUUCGGGUACAAUCGGAUUAGAUAAGGGUGGUGGUAAUAACAAUAAAAAUAGUAGUAGUAGUAAUGAUGUUAGAAAUAAUGUUAAGAAGCAUGAGCUAUUGAAUGACAAGUAUAUUGUAGAACAAGAAUCGAAGAGACAAAGGUAUGCAGAAACAAAUAUGUUUGGGUAUUACAAUUAUGAUAAUAGCAAUAAUAUUAAUGAUAAUAAUGGUGUAAAUUAUCGCCAGUUUUAUGGCCAGCCAAAUUCAUUUUAUAAUCAACCAUACAUGUACAGUACUAUGAAUCAAGGUUAUCAAUAUUUUGCAAAUAAUUAUGGACAAUCUUAUUAUGAGGGCUAUCUAAACUCUAUGGAUUCAGUACAACAUCAAAAUUAUAUAACGUACAAUCAACAAAUAAAUUCUUAUCAUAGUGAUAAUUAUACAGUUGCUCCCAGUAAUUCUAUCAAUUUGAUUAGUUAUAAGGAUAUUUAUUCAAAAGAAAUAGUACAAGAAGUGAAAAAUAAAAAAAAGUCAAAGAAAAAUAAAUUGAACAAGAAUAAGAGCAAUAGUAGUAAUGAUAGCCAAGUAUUAUCGGUCAGAAACAUGACAUCGCAGGGUAUUCAAAAACAGCCUAUUAAGAAAAAAAUGGAUGCAAAAGGAGUUGAAUCUUUUGAAGAGGAGACUAGUGAUGCAAAAGAUGAUAUGUUGAAAGUUAAAAAUAGACUUGAAGAAGACUAUGAUAAUUCUGAUUCUAGUAACGAAGAUUUUAGUGAGGAAGAUGUGAUUAAUGAUAAAACUGAAGAUGAGGGAGCAAAUACUUACAGUGAUAAAGUAAAUUCAACUACCAUUCCAAUUCCUGGUACGUCAAUUACAUUAGUAACUGAUGAAGAUAUAGCAAAAUGGAGAGAGGAGAGGAAGAAGAUGUGGUUGUUAAAAAUAUCUAACCGUAAAGAACAACAUAUGGAAGCUAUGGGAAUCAAGAAGGAGGAUUUGAAUAAUAUGGGUAGUAUUUUAAGAGAAUCUAAAAAGGAGAGACAAUUUAUUCAAAAUAUUCAAAGUCAGGUUAAUAGAUUUAAUCCUAAGGUGAAUUUAAAUUUGAAGUUUGUUCAAAAGGAAAUGUUGCAAGAUAACACUAAGUUAUUAUCAUUUAUUAAGGAACUUGGUGAUUCUGGACUAUUAGAAUAUGAGUUGACAGAAAAAGAAAAAAAAGUCUUAUUUGGAAAUAAUCAAGAUGAAAAUAAUAAACAAAAUAGCCAUAAAAAUGUUGGUAAUAAAAAAGUCGACAAAAUAAAAUACAAAAAAGCAUUUAAUAAUAAUAAUCGAAAUGGUCCUAUUGGUGAUAAUAAUAUAAAAAAAAGUUAUAAAGAAUAUAAAAAGUAA